CCAUAAGAAGGUGUCCUCUCCGUUUAUCCCCAGGACAGACACCACCUAGCUACUAAAACCUAGACGAGUCCACCCCCUGCUGCCUCCAGCCAUCGCGCAUGAGCAAGCAGCUAUACUGAGUCCUCCAGGUUCCGCUUGCCCGAUAGGAACAAACACAAGAGGGCUAGGAAAGCGAUGGGCAUCCAAGACAUACGCGACGGUGUGUCAUCCCUGUUUGUCAUGCUGAACAAGGAAAAAUUUGUCCUGUUUCGAAUUGAGUUUCUUGUGGUCCUGGUCACACUCCUGUUCCUCGCAAUGUUCAUCAUGGACAUCUUCCGUCGCCACAUCCGCAACAUAAUCAUGAAAACCAUCUUUAGCAUCUUUGAUGCGGUCUCUGACUCUAUUGUCUUAUACCUGCUUGGGGCCAUGCAAACAGCGAACUUCAAGAAUCAGCUGUUCCCGGUCUGGGCCCUUGUGCUUGUUAGUUUCCGUUACAAUGUCGACUUCAUCUCUGGCUAUGGUGUUCACGACCGCCAUGGGCGACGGUUCUUGGAGUGGAGGAACGUGGUGAGACUACUGGGGUCGGCGUUCUUGAACUUGUCACGCGGCUCGAGGUUCGCGCCUGCACUCUGGUCCCUUUUGGCCCUCCAGAUACUGAGGAGCUGGUACAGAUUCUUUUCAUAUGGUCUGGCGGUCCGUUCGGUCUGGCAUGGCAGGAGUUCAGAGGUCGUUACUGAGCACAUGCGUGCAGGCCCUCAUACUAGCAACUGGAAACCAGAGGAUUGCAAUGCAGAGAAGAUGGAAGGAUACAAAUACUUGGUCCAUGGAGAAACCAAUAAGAGCAUCAAAUUCAGUAAGCCUCGGUAUGCCAUCUCUAUUGAUAAUGCCCAGAAGGUCCAGCAAGCUAAGCAUGGUUCUGCUACGAGUCAAGAAAAAUCAUCGCUGGUCACCCUAGACAGGAUAUGGGGAUGUCGCAGGCACCUGUUAAGCCCGGAAAACAAUCAGGGGAAUGACCCAAAAGAUCUCUCUCUGGCCUUUGCCUUGUCCAGACUGCUUCGGUGCCGGCUUGAGGAUGUGGCACUGCCACAAGAAUUCUUCUUCAUUAACCGAAAGCUAGUUAAGACUAAGAUCCUUGAGGAGCAGAACACUGACCGCGCCUUCAGGGUCAUGGAGCUGCAACUCGGCUUUGUAAACGACUACUUCAACACCCGCUACCCUAUAGUCUUCUGGAACGGGUUGCUUUCUCUCUUCUCAAAUCUAUUUCUCUCCGUGGUGACCUCCGGCGUUGUCUGCUGGCUUGCUGUGGACAUCUAUAAGGUCUAUAAGCCCCCGAAGAAUGAUUGGGCUCAUGUGGUGCAUGGUUACAACAUUGACAUGAUCAUCACAUGGGUAUUCAUGUUUUUUAUGGUGUUCAAAGAGUGCUGGGAGAUGUCCAGCUACUUAGUCUCGGACUGGACAAGAUUACUCCUUGUGUGCAGGUAUGCACAGAAGAAGCAAGAGUGCACUAGAAACAGACGGAUGGAGAGCACAAUAUCAUCCUUUUUCACGUCUAGUAUAACUACUAAGCAGUGGCAUGGACUUAUUGACCAGUACGUCUUCCUGGAGUCAUAUGAUGACAGACCAAGGUUUUGGAAUCUGAUUCACACGAUAACCAUAGGAAUGGUACCAAAGAAGGAAGAUGGAACAACCCUCGCCGAUGCCAUCAAUGUGCCUGAAUGUGUCAGGCCGGCAAUACUGAAGAAGCUCUGUGCAAACCUAGAGAAGCUCAGCACUCUUGACGCCGUACAACAGCCAGACAACCCUAACAGAAAUCAUGAGGAUAGGAGUGGUUGGAUUCUGCCCAAGGUUAUCACAUCACUGUCUGACGGUGACCGAAGGAAGCGGUAUGGUUGGGCCUGCUUCGACCUGCCCACAUGCUCUCAUGUAAUUCUGGUGUGGCACAUUGCAACCAGCCUGUGUGAGAUGAAGCUUGCUCGAGGCCAUGGUGUUGACUUAAGCAAACCUGGGUUGCUGGGCUCCCUCUUGCUGUACUUCACUAAUUUCUGCUCAUCAAAACCAUAUCUUCUGGACGUGGACGAGAAGACAAAAAAGAAGAAGAAAGAGAAUGAGAAGUUGCCUGAUAAGCUCCAGGAAAUGUACAUCACUGCGAAUAGCUUGUCUCGAUACUGUGCAUCUCUGCUACUUUUAAAGCCUGACCUGAUCCCUGAUAGCUUUCAUGUACCCAAGAUGGUCUUAGAAGAGACCGUGAUACGUGCUCGAGAUAAUAUUCUUAAAAACUGCGACUCAUUACAGAGCCGGUAUGACCAACUAAUGAAAGAAGCAGAGAAGGCUAUCCAAGAUGCUGACGAUGUAAUAAAGAAAGAAGAUGUUGUGCUACUAGGUGCAAUGCUGGGGAAGGAACUGAUUGAUCAAGAGACUGAAGAAGAGUGCUGGGAGAUCCUGUCUGGGUUAUGGGCAGAUUUACUAGUACACAUUGCCCCCAGUUGGAACGCGGAGGCGCACAAGCAGUGCCUCGAGUCGGGAGGAGAAUUUAUAACCUAUAUCUGGACAUUGCUAUGGCAUUGUGGAAUUGAGAAGAGCAAAUUAUGGCCAGUGGAAGAUAUGUAUGGAAAAGAUGCCCCUGGAGCACCUCAGGAUGAGAAUGUUCAGCUUGCACAAGAGAUGCAGCCGAUUUGUGCAGGACCAAGGGAACAAAUAGAGGAAGCUAACAUGCAGAGAUCAGAGAUGCAGCAAGUUGAUGCACAGGAGGGGAAUGGGUGGACUGAAAUGGGACAAAUCCACGAGAAUAAUAGCAGGACACUGGAACAAGGAGAGGCUAUAAGAGUAGCUACAAGUGAGCACGAUCAAGAAAUGCUAAGCACAGAUAUGGUUGAUCGAAAUGGGCAAGGCAAUGUGGUCAGAGGGAUGCAGAAUGGCGGGAACAGAUGUUACUUCAAUGCAGUGUUGCAGAGUCUCCUUGCACUUGAUAAGCUGCGCGCAAGGAUGUUAGGACCGGAUGCUCCAACAAGGUACCUUGGUCAGGAACUGCAGAAGCUCUUCAUAGAGACAACCGAUACCAAUGGCGAAGGAGAUAUGCUGAUUGCACAGGACCUCUUCUUACAUAUGUGCUCAAAGAGUCCAGAUUUCAGACCCGGCAUGAAGGAAGACAGCAAUAAUAUGCUUGGUUCCUUGCUGGAUGUUUUGCAUAAUGAGGAACCUACAAUGGUCAAGUCACUCUUCCGCGGUCAGGUUAUUAAACAUGUCUCCUGCAAAGAAUGUGGGCACACAUCAGUUACCACCGAGGACCUUGAUCUCAGUCUGGCAAUACCAUCAAAGAAGCCUGCAUCAAUCGAGGAUUGCUUGGAUUUAUAUGUUGCUGGGGUGAUCGAGAGUUGGCACUGUACGGACUGUUCUUUAGCUGCUGGAAAUGUCUCUUUGAGCCAAGAAGAUGCAGCAGUCAAUGAUGGCCGACCUGAACAGUCGGAGAAUAAAACACACAGAAAGGAGGAAUCCAACCAUCCAGCUGACAGACAAACUAGAACACCGAAUCAGAACAAUGGAAAGCUACCGGUGCUUGAUGGCAAUGAAAAUCAAAUGGAAAAAAGCCAUAAUAAGCAGAAAGGGGAAAAGAAGAUAUACAGAGCUGCAACAGUACGAUAUGACAUUAGCAAGGUGGCACCUUUACUAAUCAUUCAGCUGAAGAGAUUCAACUAUGUUCACCCUGAUAUGCCAAGCAAGCUGGGAGAACAUGUCAGCUUUCAGGAUACACUUGAUAUAACAAAGUUCAUGGACCCUGGAAAUGAUGAGUACAAAUAUUGUCUUGCUGCCGUCAUUGUACAUGAUGGACCGAUGUUGCGGGAAGGACACAAUUUUGCUUAUGUGAGAGCAAGGCAACUUGGAGGCCAGCAGCAGGAGAGCUGUGGCACUCCCUUAUGGUUUUGUGCAAGCGAUGAGAGCAUCACACAAGUAGAAUUAAAACAGGUACUCGAGUGUCAGGCCUACAUUCUUUUCUAUGAAAGGGUUGAACAACCAAAGGCCAAGUCGGUUCUGGAAAAUCAUCUGCCAACUGACGACUGAUCAUGAGAAAGAUGAACAGGAUGACAGAUGGAUGAGAAGGAAAACAUAUGUAGAUCAUUUUUUGUUGUUGUUGUUUUUAUUCAAAAAUCAGACUAGCUUGAUUUAUCAUGUAGAGUGAUCUCGUCGUGAACAGCGUUGGAGUUUGGAUUGAAAGCUCGAAUACUGUUACUUUUACUUUGAUUUUCGAUUCGAGUGGUUGGAUAAAAAGAACAUAAAUACUAUGUGGUGAACACUGAAAUAUGGAUUCCAUUUACUGUC